AUGAAUGAAGAAAAUUGUGAAGCUAAUACUAAAUCAUCGUUUUUUGAUGGUACUAUUUCAGUUGAAUCAAAAAAAGAAAAAGAAUCUGAAAUUAAAAAUAACAAAAAUGAACAAAUUAAAAAAGAAACAAAAUUAAAUGAAAUAAAUAAUGAAAUGGAAUCAACUAUUGUUAUACAUUAUAAAAAAAGGAGAACUAUAAAUCUAGAUAACACAUGCUAUUCAUUGAAAUUACCAAAAUUCAUUGAUGUAUGUUCCCAAAUAAAAAAAAAAAAAAAAUAUAUAUAUAAAGAUGAACAAGAACAAGAAGAAAGUGAAAUGGAACUUUUCAACAAAAAUAAAAGUUCUAUUAUAUCAUGGUACUUUGAUGAAGAAAUAUAUAAUAAAAAAAAAUUUGAAAAAAAUAUAAAAGAUAAAGAAAACUUAGAUAAUUUUUUUAGCAGCAAUGAUAAUAAUUUUAAUAAUAAUAAUAAUAAUAAUGAAACAAAUACUGGUAGCAAGAUAAAUGCAAAUGAAAAAAAAAUUUUUGUAGAUAACGAAACUGAAUAUUCAGGUAAGAAGGAAAAUGAAAAUAAGAUAUUUAACAACAAUGAUGAAAAAGAUACGAAUAAAAAAAACGAUGUUGAAACUAAGGAAGAAAAUUUAAAUUCCUUUUCUUCUAGAUUAAAUAAAUUAGGUGAAAUGAAAAAACAAUUUUCAACAGAUGAAGAAUCUAAUUUUAAUGAUAGUAUGUCUGAUUUAACUAAUUUAGAAGAUUUAUAUGAAAAAUAUGAAGUUGAAAGUAGUGAUAUAAUGAGUGUUUCAAGUAAUGAAUCAAAUGCAAAUAUGAAAGAUUUAUGUAAUAAUUUAAAAUAUUUAGAAACAAACUCUUUUAUUGUAGAAUAUGAGGAUGGGAAAUUAAUUUUUUUUAUCAAUCAAAAGCCAUAUAUUUUAGAAGAGGAUAACGAAAUUAAUUAUUUAAUUGAAAUUUCAGAACAAAAUAUUAAACCGAUACAUUGCAAAUUAGAAAAAAAAUUUUUUAUUAAAUCAAUUGCUACAGAAGAGCAAGUUUUUCCCAAUAGUUUAAAAUUAAAAAAGGAAGAUAUAUAUUUUUCACUUGAUGAUAAUAUAAAAAUUAAUGAAGAUAUAGAAAAGUAA